AUGAUGCACACCGCCAAUGGGACCUCGAGGAAGAGGAUGAGGGGCGACAGGAUCCUCCGUUUAAAGACGUUUUGCGAUCCCGGCCACCCGGUGAACUUCAAGGGAUCUUCUUUCCGAGAGAACGUAUCGUCUCUUCUCGAGUUCGGAUGCCGAGCGGAGGGAUGGAAUGGACCUGGUACAGAUUGCUGGACUUUCCAGCUCGAAGUCCACAGGAACCCUCCGGCCUGCAUAUCACUAUUUGUCGUGGAGGAGCAAGUCGAGAUGUCCGAUUCGCUUCGCUGUCAUCACUGCACAUCCAUUGGUAAUAUUCUCUUCAUAUUACUCUCCCUCCCUCUCUCUCUCUCUCUCUCUCUCUCUCUCUCUCUCUCUCUCUCUCUCUCUCUCUCUCUCUCUCUCUCUCUCUCUCUCUCUCUCUCUCUCUCUCUCUCUCUCUUUCUAUCUAUCUAGCUGUCUGUCUCUCUGUCUGUAUGGAAAACCACGAGAACUCUGUCAUAACAUCCUCGGAAGAGCGUAAAAAGGGAUGCUCGUAAAUAUUUUCUGAAGUGUGGACAUUAGGGUUUCGCAGGUUGGGGCCGUCACAUGGUGUGCAACAAGAGGUACCAUUUUGUGUUGCCUUCGAAGAAGACAUUGGGGAGAUCAAAUGGGCCAAAUUGUGAAGUAAGAGAGACGAGUCUCUUGGCGGCUGUGAGAGAAUCCAGGUUAAUGAGCGUGAGAGGAGAACUGAUGCACGGCGUCGUGCAUUCCAAUGGCUUUGGGCACCUGCUCGCUGUAAACGGCUUUGAGGCAGGGUCGGAGGUCCUCUCUGGCCAUCAAAUACUAGACUUGUGGGACCGUAUGUGCACCGGUCUUGGAAUAAGGUUAUCUCUCUCUCUCUCUCUCUCUCUCUCUCUCUCGUCAUCUCUCCAUUAGCUGGGGAUAACAGGAUCUGAUUUUUUGAAUAUCGUGCUUGCACUAAGCCAUGCUAUUACGUAAUAAUGGAUUAUAUUCUUGAUUAUUACAAGGACACCUUCCUGCAUGCUCCUCUCGUCAGUAGAUUGUAUGUGUCCUUUGUUUACUAUGAUCCCACUAGAAACGAUAUUACUCGUAUUCGAUAUUCUGAUAAUAUGAGUUUUCGUACUAAAAUAAAAUUUGAUUUAUUGAUUAAUUUCGCGCUAACGAGUUCUUGGUUGCAUCUGUAAGAAAGGUGAGUUUGACUGACACUGCGAGGAAGAGGGGCAUGGAACUUAGGCUGGUCCACGCUGUGGCCUACGGCGAACCCUGGUUCGCACGAUGGGGCUACAGAUUCGGCCGAGAGAGCUACGGAGUCACCCUGCAGAUGUAUCAGCGAUCCAUUGAAGCACUAAGAUGCCUGCCGCUGUGUCUACUCGUCCCCCAGUACGGGACCACUAGCCGAGAACUCCCGGCCAUCAUCGCCAAGUAUCAGGCUAUCGCGGGCCACUCCCUCGUCUCUCUCGGCCAGCUGUUCAUGUUCAUGAUGGAGCUGAAGGAUCGCCUCCCGCCAGACGCCUUCACCACUGUCGACUACCACAGGAUCACCAUGGAGCCUGCCUGCAGGUGGUCAACAAAGAGACUAGAGAUGGCGGCUCAGGUGAUCGUCGACGCCCUCAAGAGGGCCAACUUCAAGUGGGUCUCCAGGCAAGACGUGAGGGACGCGGCCAGGGCCUAUGUCGGCGACACUGGCCUUCUUGACUUCGUCCUCAAGUCCCUUGGCAACCACGUUGUCGGCAACUAUGUCGUCCGCCGAAUGGUCAACCCGGUUACGAAGAUCCUCGAGUACUGUUUGGAGGACGUUCCAGGGGGGAACCCCAGCCACUGCAGCCGCAGCAGCUCGGGGGACACCGUGAACGUUAGAAUGAGGAUGCAAACGACGAGAGUGCAAGUGAGGAAGGACCUCAUCUACCUGUACAAGUGCAUCCUCCUCGGCCAAAAUCUUAGGCCCGCAGCCGGGAUCUUCACCGUCAUCCCGACAGCGGUGAGAUAUAUCCUAGACACCAAGCAUCUCUUGAAAGAUUAUCGGAAGGAGAUAACAUGGGAGAACGCGGUGAUGGCAAACAGCACCAUCAAGCUGCUGUGCACAGUCUGUGUGAGGAACCGAGGAGAACAAGAAGAACUGAGUCAACCAGUGACGCCCUACGAGGUGUUGACUUUUCCGGGGCAUGCGACCCUAGGAGAUAUUAAGACCACCGCAGAGAGGACAUUCAAGGAGAUCUACCUGGGUCUGAAGACCUUCACUUCAGAGUCAAUCGUUGAUGUUGCUUGCGGCGACUCGGAGUUAAUCUUGGGGACGAUCGAGUCGGGAAGCCGCGUGGUCGUCAGUGGGUUGAUAGUUGAAGGAGACGGUGGACAAGAUAUGUACGAGGGCGGGAACGGCAUUGACGGGCUUGUCAACUGCGCUUGUGGCGUGAAGGAGGACGACGGCGAACGGAUGCUCAACUGCGACUUCUGCAAUGUCUGGCAGCACACGCGCUGCGUCGGGAUAGGUGACGGCAAGAGCGUUCCACCUUUUUUCCUAUGUACCCACUGCGAGAACGGCAUCUCUCUCCUCCCGUCAUUGUUGCCAUGA